AUGGGUUAUAAAGGACAUCUUGAAGUAGUGAAAUAUUUACAUUCUAUAGGAUAUAGAGAAGAAUGUUCAAUCGAUUAUGCUGCAAGUAAUGGUCACCUUGAAGUAGUAAAAUAUUUACAUUCUAUUGGAUAUAAAGGUUUCGACAAUGCAAUUAAUAAUGCUGCAACUAAUGGUCACCUUGAAGUAGUAAAAUAUUUACAUUCUGUAGGAUAUAGAGGAACAGAUUGGGCAAUCGAUUAUGCUUCAGAAAAUGGGCAUCUUGAAGUAGUAAAAUAUUUACAUUCUAUUGGAUAUAGAUGUUUAAAUUGGGUAUUUAAUUAUACUGCAAAAAAUGGUCACCUUGAAGUAGUAAAAUAUUUACAUUCUGUAGGAUAUAUAGGAUCAGAUUGGGCAAUUGAUUAUGCUUCAGAAAAUGGACAUCUUGAAGUAGUAAAAUAUUUACAUUCUGUAGGAUAUAGAGGAACAGAAUUGGCAAGUGAUAAUGCUGCAUGA